AUGGCUCUCACUGAUGAGUUCCAAGCUCUCAACAAGGCUUUCUCAGGAGUUGGAAUUGAUGAAAAUUCAUUAAUAUCAAUACUGGGAAAAUGGCAUCCUGAGGAGAGGAAAUCCUUCAGGAAAGGAACUCCCCAUUUUUUCAAGCAAGAUGAACACCACUUUGAGCGCUGGGAUGACCUCCAUAAUGCUGUGGUGCUAUGGACUAUGCAUUCAUGGGAAAGGGAUGCUCGUUUGGUGAAGGAGGCCUUGAAGAAAGGCCCACAAACAUACAGUGUACUUGUGGAGAUUGCAUGUACUAGAUCGGCCGAGGAGCUAUUAGGAGCUAGGAAGGCCUACCAUUCCCUCUUUGAUCACUCCAUUGAGGAAGACGUUGCCUACCACAUUGAUGGCCCUGAAGGCAAGCUCUUGGUUGCGCUUGUGAGUGCCUAUAGGUAUGAAGGACCAAAGGUUAAAGAUGACACUGCAAAAUCCGAGGCCAAAACACUUGCUCAUGCCAUUAAGAAUGCGGAUAAGAGGAAUCCCAUUGAAGAUGAUGAGGUCAUUAGGAUACUAUCAACAAGGAGCAAGCCCCAUCUCAAGGAAAUAUAUAAACACUACCAGGAGAUUUCUGGCCACAACAUCGAUGAGGAUCUUGAUGAUGCUUUGAGGUUAAAAGAGACAGUGCAAUGCCUAUGUACUCCUCACGCAUAUUUCAGCCAGGUCUUGGAAGUUUCAUUGAGAAAUGGUGUGGAUAAGAACAUCAAAAAGGGAUUGACUAGGGUAAUCGUCACCCGAGCCGACGCAGACAUGAAGGAGAUCAAAGAGGAAUACCAGAACCUAUAUGGAGUUUCUUUAACUGAGAAAAUUGAAGCGACAGCUAAUGGGAAUUAUAAGGAUUUCUUACUCACUUUGGCUGCAAGAGGAGGCUAA